AUGCUCAGCGGCAGGAUUCGUCGGAGGGCCCUGGCCCUGCUGGGCGCCCUCCUGCUGGUGAUCCUGGUCUGGCCUCCCUGCUGUGCCUCCAUGCCGAAACCACCACCGUCCGCUGGACCCGCCAUGGGUCCGUGGGAUGUUGUACCUCACCCGGCCGCGGCCGUCCUUCCCCUGAUGCCGGCUCAACCUGGGUGGGUGGAAAGUUCCCGCCCACGGCACCCGGCCCCGAUUGGUGGAGGGCAACAACGGCAGCAGGGCCACCAGGACCCACCCGCGGAAUCGGACAGCCGGAAAAGCCGGCGUGUGAGUGAGUUCUAUCGUAUCCUGCGCGCCCUCGGGCCAGCCCCCGAACCGUACGAACGAAGGUGGCGUGGUGGAAGUGGUGACGCGGUGGUAGGGCAGUUAAAUUUACCACCCCACGAGCGAUCGAGUGCAGUGCGAAACGCGCGUGAUUAUCUAGCAGAACCGAUCGAUAAAAAUAAAUCCCAAUCGGCCAGGUUCGAUGACACGCAAUCGACUCAGGAGGUGUCGAGGAGAAAGCGUGAGGUUCCGGCUCCCUUUGGCAAUCCUCACCGGCAUCAGCAUCAGCUUGCUGGGGCCACCGUGGUCGGGAACGGGACGAACCAUGGGUGGCAUGGGCGACGUGGUGCCACCCGACAAGGGCCACUUCAGAAGCAGAAGCAACUGCUGCUGCAGCAACAGCAACAGCAACAGCAGCAACGAGGCAACGAAUCGAAUCUCGAGCGCAACGAGCGUUCUGCCAACUUGUCGCGUAUUUCCGGCGCGACACGCAAGAUCCAGGUGUUCAUCAAAAAUCGCUAUGUCCAGCUGCUGCCCGACGGAACCGUUAACGGGACGAACGACGAUCUCAGCGACUACACGAUCCUCCAGCGGACAACCGUCGGGAUAGGACAGAUCAAAAUACAGGCCGUCGCGACGUGCCUGUUCCUCUGCAUGGACACUUGUGGCAGCGUCUAUGGUUCGAAGGAGUUCACCAACGACUGCAUCUUCAACGAGCAGAUGGAGCAGCAUCACUACAACACCUAUUCCUCUACGCAUCACUCGAACGCGCGCCGGACGCUUUAUCUGGCGCUGAACAAGACGGGUCAACCGCGCAAGAUCCAGAUUCCCGUCAACAGGACACUCGGCAAGCUGGCCACCUACACGAAGGCGCUCACGCAAACGGUGGCGCAUGAUCGCGUGGAGCAACUCAUCUCGCGGCUUUUCGGACCGGAUCACGUGCGUCACGGGUUGAACCAGUUGUGCGAAUCCGGUCAACCUCUGGUCGAGUUGACGGCAAAGGAUAUGCGUCCGAGACCGACCUGUGGAAGCUCAAGAGGACCUCUAGCGGUGGGACCUGCCGCUGGUGGCGGCGGUGCUGGUGGUGGUGGUAAGAAGCAAGUCCAACAAAACACCACCGGCAAGGACGAGAAGGAUGGGCUGCGGCAGAAGAAGAAGAAAAAGCGACGAAAAUGUCGCGAGGACGAGGUGCCGGGUGAGCAGUGCUUCCGGCCGGGUGCAGGCGUAGGUGGUACAAAUAGUGGUAAGCGACGAGCGGGCCAAGGUGGGCCGGCUCGGGGCGGUAGUAGUAUUAGUAGUGGUAGCGGCAGUGUCAGCCCUAGCAGUAGUAGCAGCAGUAGUUCCGUAGGUAGCAUUAGCACAGGCACCAACCAGUCAGCCAGUCUCAGCAACACGACCUUCAGCAGCAACAGCAGCAACAGCAGCAGCAGUAGUAGUGCAAACAGUCUAGUAGCAAGUAUUAGCAACGGAGGCCCCAACCGGCAGGGACAACCGUACGCCCAACUCACAGCGACACCAAAUACGCGGAAGCCGAAAUCGACGAAGAAACCGUUGCCACUCCCGGCCGGUGGUACUCGAAAGCCUAAAAAGCCACCUCAGCAGCAGCAGCAGCAACAGCAGUUGCAGCAACCGGCUGGAAAGCGAACAGGACCUCCUGGCAACCAAACAAGACCUCUAUCAGCGAAGGCUAAGCUGGUUGGUGCGAGUUUGGUCACGACGAAGCUGAGCAAUCCUAAGCCUGCCUCACUGGUGGUUGCUCGAACGAUGAGACCCACCAUCAGGACGACGGUUCCGUCAACAACACCAUCAACAACCGCGAUGACAACGACGACGACGGUGAGCAACGAGCUGCAGGACACGUCGGAGGACUCCGAGCUCGAACUGGACGACCUUCAAUCGUCCUCUGAGCUCGUAGAUGACGAGCUGGACGAGCUCGACGAAGUUCCAGGAUCUCCCACUGCUUCCUCCUGGCACGAACUGCUCCCUGCCAGCUCGGUAUCUGCGCGGCGUGGCCGCUACCGUGCGCUAUCCUGUUGUAGUUUCCUAAGCCUAAGCACGCUCGUGGUGUACGGUGCCACGGCACAUUUGCUCUAUCUCUGA